GGUCGUCGAUAAUACCGAAUCGCAACGCAACGCAACGCAACGCAACGGAUUGCAAGCAUCGGUUGCCGUCGCCUUUUCUGGAUACGAGAUACGAGAUACAAGAUACGAGAUACUCUGCACCAGCAAAUCCAACAGAUACGCGCGCGAUCUCCCCCGAGUGUGUUCUGUGAACCGAAACUCCAGCAGGAAAUAAUAAUAAAUCGAAAAUUUGGAAUAUAUGUAUAGAUACCAAGUGCCUUAGAUCUAGAUCUAUAUCCUGCUUUGCUCAAAUGCCCGAAACUUCAACGUUGAGUUCGGUAUCAAAAUAAUAAUAUAAAUAAUAUUGGAAAAUAUUCAAUCCCCGAUCCCGAAACCGAACCCAUACCCAAUCUCGAGUGUGCUUCGCCGAGUGUCCUGUCAGCCAAAUAUAUGGUAAUGGCAGAGAUUGGUGGCCAUUUGGCUCACCAGCUACCGUUGCACAAUCACAAUCACAAUCACAACCACAAUCAAACUGGAUUACAGCCAUCGCUGGUGAUGAACCAUCACCUGGAUUUGGAUUGUCAUGGACACGAUGUGAUAAAAAAACAACGCCUGUCGCAUUGCGUUGGCUGUGGCGGCCAAAUACACGAUCAGUAUAUCUUGCGGGUUGCCCCCGAUCUCGAGUGGCAUGCGGCAUGUCUGAAGUGCCAGGAGUGCAGGCAAUUCCUGGACGAGAGCUGUACGUGUUUCGUGCGCGAUGGCAAAACCUACUGCAAGCGUGAUUAUGUUAGAUUAUUUGGUACAAAAUGUGAUAAAUGCGGCAACUCCUUCAGCAAAAAUGAUUUUGUGAUGCGGGCCAAAACGAAAAUCUUUCACAUCGAGUGCUUUCGCUGCUCGGCGUGUGCGCGGCAAUUGCUGCCAGGUGAUGAGUUCGCGUUACGCGAUGCCGGAGCUUUAUAUUGCAAGGAGGAUCACGAUGUUCUCGAGAAAUCCUCGCAGAGCAGCCUCACCUCCUCCUCGGUGGAGAGCAACAACAAUAUUAGCAGUAGUAACAACAACAAUACCAACCUUAGCAACAACAACCAUUCCAGCGAAUUGGGUUCAAUGUCAGAUUCAGGCAGUGAAUCGGGCUCACACAAAAGUAUUAGGGAAAAGCGACCCUCGGGUCCCUCGGAUGGCAAGCCAACGCGAGUACGGACCGUGCUCAAUGAGAAGCAGCUGCACACGCUCAGAACCUGUUACAACGCUAAUCCGCGACCUGAUGCGCUCAUGAAGGAGCAGCUGGUGGAAAUGACGGGUCUCUCGCCCCGCGUCAUCCGUGUUUGGUUCCAGAACAAGCGUUGCAAGGACAAGAAGAAGACCAUCCAAAUGAAGCUGCAGAUGCAACAGGAGAAGGAGGGUCGAAAGCUGGGCUAUGGCGCCAUGCAGGGCAUACCCAUGAUCGCCAGCUCACCGGUCAGACAUGACUCACCACUGAAUCUGCAGGGACUCGAUGUGCAGACAUAUCAACCGCCGUGGAAAGCCUUAAGCGACUUUGCCCUCCAUGCCGAUCUCGACAGCAAUGGGGCAAUCAAUACGCACACGCCCGCAUUUCAGCAGCUGGUCAAUCAGAUGCAUGGCUAUGACCUGAAUGGGAUGCCAGUACUACCGCCGCAUCCGCAUGGCCACCCAGCGCAAGGACCGCCCCAUCAGCAUCCGCCGCCCCCAGGUGGACCGCACAAUCACCAGAACCCGAAUCCCCAGCAGAAUCCCCAGCAGCAGCAGCAGGGACCCGGGGGCAGUAGCCUGGACUCCGGGAUAACGUCGCACCAUCAUCCGGACAGCACCGACUCCUACGUGACCUACCUGGAGAGCGAUGACAAAUCCAAACUGGCGCUGACCCCAUCGUCCUCAUCCUCGGCCUCGGCGGGCACUUCGAUCUCCUCGCCGCCAUCGGGUGGCGGAGCAGGGGGCGCAGGUGGCUUGGGUCUGGGCGUGGGCGUAGGUCUGGGCCUGGGGCUGGGUGUCGGUGUGGUGGCCGCCAAUCAGUCGGCCACCGAGCAGCUCAUGCAGAUGCUCCAGAAGGUCACCGGCUCCGCAUCCCCCGCCCCACAUGCUGUGCUCUAGGAAGGGGAUUCAAAUACUAGGGAUACAGUCGAACUUUGCUAACGAGAAUUAAGGAUUUCGAAAUUCAAGUAAAUUCAGGGCAAUUACAAAGAAACUUUUCUGAGAGCUUGUGGCAUUUUUUAAGAAUUUAUAAACAUU